AAACAAGAAGCAGCUACCAGGCGUGCUCCAAGUACGCCAACUAAAAACCUUCUCCAACAACAAGAAUGAUUGUCUAAAAAAACAAAACAAAUAAUGCAAGCGGCUUCACUGGACACACAUCAGUUUUAAGAGAAUAAUUAGAUAAAUCGUGAUGGCUACUACUGAGAUGGAAUCGGGUUCUUCUGAGAGCAGAUCAGAGCAUGAUAGAGCGGACCCUGAUUCAAAGUACCCACUGAAAGUGCUUUACUGUGGAGUGUGCUCUCUGCCUACAGAGUAUUGUGAGUACAUGCCCGAGCCGGCUAAAUGCAGGCAGUGGCUUGAGAAGAACUUCCCCGAUGUGUUUGCCAGGAUGACUGUAGGUGAGUAUCCAAAGGCUCCCAAGCAGGAACCCGGUACUGGAGAUGCUUUCCCUGUAGGCGAGGAGGAGGAGAAGAAGAAACAGAAGAGAGGUGGAAGAGGCCAGAUCAAACAGAAAAAGAAGACUGUGCCUCAGAAAGUUUCGAUAGCAAAAAUCCCGAGAGCCAAGAAGAAAUACGUCACACGGGUGUGCGGCCUCGCAACAUUUGACAUCGAACUUAAGGAGGCUCAGCGAUUCUUUGCCCAGAAGUUCUCUUGCGGUGCCUCAGUGACAGCAGAGGAUGAAAUAAUCAUUCAGGGAGAUUUUACAGACGACAUAAUCGACGUCAUUCAAGAGAAGUGGCCUGAGGUGGACGAUGACAGCAUUGAUGAUCUGGGUGAAGUCAAGAAGUGAAGACCAAAUAUGCACUUUUACUGAAAUGGAUGUGACCUGUAACAGCGACAACCUGGCCAAAUGUACACAUUUAAGUCAUUUUAUACUUAUUUUAUUUACUGUACAUAAAAAAAAAGCUGCGGACUUGGCCACUCACUUGGCUUACUUUUUCUUUUCUUUCUUUUUUUUUUCUUUUCUUUCUUUUUUUUUUAGUUAAUAGCUGCUUUCUCUCGUUUGCCAAAGGUGUGGUAUGACGUGAAUCCCUCCCACAAAAUGUUGUUCAUUCAAACGCAAACUGUAGGCUAAUAAAUUUCAGUCUCCUUCGCCUAAACA